CAAGGUGGGUUUUAUUCAAAUACCAUGUCAUUGACUGGAUGUAGACUAAAAGUUCCCAUAUAAAAUCCCACACUUCUUUAUAAACCCCACAAGCAUCUCAAGCAUUACCACUUCUCCUCCUCCACAUAAGAUGGCCAAACUUCAAACAAAUCUACAGCAAGAUUUAGUGAAACCCUACAAUUCCAGAGAAUAUUAUCCUCACAAAGCCAAAGGAAUAUCCUUCUUAGCCUUUUUCUUCUCUAUACUUAUUUAUAUUUGCAUCUUCUAUAUUUUUAACCUCUCCCUCUCAACUCUCUUUAAGAACUCCAAGUUUUGGUUUGCCAUAUCCAACACCCUCAUCCUCAUCAUCGCCGCCGACUACGGCGCAUUCUCUUCGGCUUCCAAAGACCAACAAGACCAAUGUUACCAAGAGUACAUGAUGCAUAGCCAAGCUCGAAGUGCUUCCUCAUUUGUUUCUCAAUACCCUCAAAUUGUCAACAAAAGCAGUCCAAGGCAAUUAGAGGCGGGAAACAAUAUGAAAACAAAGAUUGAAGAAGUAAUCCUCGUAGCUCAAAAUACAGAAGUUAUCCAAGAAAAGAGGGUAAUCCACGUAUCAAAAGGCGAUGAUCAGAAUAAAGGUUGUGGAACUGGCAGAGAAAAUGUUCAGGCAAAAACUUAUCAGCGAAGUAAGUCUGCAAAAGCGAAAGGAGGGAUGAUCAAUGAGAGCAAGAACACUCUAAGGAGGUCAGAGACAACUGAUCAGAAGCGCAAACGAACUGCUGAUGAAGACAAUGAAUUUUCGACCAUGUCGGAUGAAGAACUGAACAGAAGAGUUGAAGAGUUUAUUCAGAGGUUCAAUAGACAAAUUAGGCUUCAAUCAGCAGCUACAACCUUCCCCUAAGUCUAGAAAUUGUUCCAUGCAUAUAUGGAAUAUCAAAGAGAGUAUAAGUAGAUCUUCCAAAACUUUGCUGCCUUCUUUCUUCAACUUUUUUUUUUCUUUUUUCGUUCGUCUGUCAAUAUUCAAUAAUAUGUAAAUGCUUU